ACACAGCUGAUUCUGCGGUGAUUGUGUCCGUGGAAGUGAGUCCCCGGCUGGCACGGUGCAACUUCACCUCCCCCUCGAAACCGGCCGUGCCCCAGGACGAGCAAGAGGACCGCCACCCAGAGCGCUUGUGUCCCAUCACCCGCCAGACUGAGGUGAUCCACAUUCCAUCGGCCACAGCAUCCGCCGGAUCGACUCGCAAAACCGCCAGUGGCGGACGGCCAAAAGGACCGAGGAAGCCCAGAGUAACCGCGGGGCACACAGAGGCAAAAAGGCGUCCUCCAUGUUUGCACGGCUUGCUGGAGACGGACAGGCCGCAGGCCAGAGAGGAGGCGGGCCCAGGGCGAGCCAAAGAGGGGAGAGGCAGGGCAACAGUUUCCAUGCGGAUGUCGCCAGCCCCGAAACCAAUCCUGCUCACGCCCCAAGCCAAGGAAUCUAAAGACAAAGCGAAG